CGCGCCUCCCGCCGCCGCACUUUCACUCUCUGUCCGCUGCAGUGUAGUCUCCGCGUCCUGCCGGUGUCCGCCUGUCCACCCUCCAGUCAGUCCGCGCAAUGGACUCCAAGGUUGUCGCCAUGCUGGCCCUCGUGCUGGCCGCGCUCUGCCUUAGCGACGGGAAACCCAUCAGCCUGAGCUACAGAUGUCCAUGCCGAUUCUUCGAAAGCCAUGUUGCCAGAGCCAACGUCAAGCAUCUCAAAAUCCUCAACACUCCGAACUGUGCCCUUCAGAUUGUGGCGAGGCUGAAGAACAACAACAGACAAGUGUGCAUUGACCCCAAAUUAAAGUGGAUUCAGGAAUACCUGGAGAAAGCUUUAAACAAGAGGUUCAAGAUGUGAGAGGUGGGUCAGACGCCUGAGGAAGCCUUACACUAGGAGCCCGGGUCUGAACGCAGUGUUAGGAAGGGCCCGUGGGCACCCCUGCCCAGCAGGGUCCAGGGCGUUGCCCGGGGCUUGGUUUUGCACACUUUGCCUUACUUUCACCAUUUGAUUAUGUAGCAAAAUACAUGGUGUUUAUUCUUCAUUUAGUUUAAUUAUCCAAUGUCACCGGUGACACAUAGGAACUUAGACUAAGGCCAUUAUUUUUCGUACUUUAUUAUGUCUUUCCCGGGGAGCUGCUCCUCUGACCAGGGGUUCCUGAACUUUGCAUCUCUCUGAGCUGUGCCAUCUGGGAGCCAUUAUCAUGCCCUGGGGUGAAGGCACCAGGACCCGCCAGCUAGGAUAAAGCACAGUGACAGCUGCCCUCUGCAGUGUGUACGGUGGAGGGAAGGUCCUAGAGGGCCCACGGGAGGCUCCCCCCUUAUCCAGAUGGGAGCCAGCGCUGCCUCUGCAGUGAGCAUGGCAGGGCUUCCCUUAACUGAGCAGGAGGGCAAGGCCAGGGCAGAGUGAGACCCAGCCCUCGUCCCAAGCUCUCUUCCACCCCAUCACGUUCUCCUCACCAUUCUCUUUGUCAUCCAUCUCCAUGUGUAUCCAAGACUGUCUCCAUGAUCCCCCAAAAGGACUCUCUCAAGACUAGAGCUUUAAUGUAAACCAGCACCAAGAAGGAAAUCAAAAUGCCUGGUGUUACCUGAAAACACUGUGCACGUCUGUGUCUUGCUCGGAAUAUUGUCCAUUGUCCAAUGCUGUGUUUUUGUCCAAAGCCAGCGUCCUCACCCAGGAACCACGUCUUGGUGCAGGCACCGUUCCUUGAAUGCAAAGGCUGAGUGGGAGGCUCUUUGACUGGGUUCCUGACCAGUCCUUUGGGGUGAGCUGCCUUGGUUCCCUCACUGAUCACAAAACCAUGGUGGAUUGAUCCAACAGCUCCCAAGGGAAUGUGGUCUGGGCAGUAUGGAUCUUAGAGGACUGAGACCUCUGUAAAUUCUAACAGCUGGCCCUCUGUAAAUUCUAACCUCAUCUUUUCACCAUUUGGCAAUGUUGUCAUCUCUAACCUUACACCACAGACCCUCUCUGCUGCCACACGUCACUUUGUGCUUCCAGUACGUCCAGCAGGGCAUACACUCUGAGAAAAUGAUGAGAUAUUUGCAGUCAGUGAAAAUUCCCCACUUUGGUGUAUUUCCCUUUGACAGACAGAGGGCAGGCUGUAGAGUUGCAUUAAACCUCUUAAAACUUUUCACUUUCUAAAAAGAUGAGCACUUGAGGUUUUUCAUUUUGUUUUGUUUUUUAUUCCCUCUCACUAAUCCUCUUCCCUUUUGGUUAAAGACCACAGUAAAGUUUUUAAAAUUAAGUGAGUGGGGGGAAAAAAAGAAGGGUAAAGCAAAGAAACUCUUCAGUUGACAAGUUAUUGUAUUCAACAUGUGGAAAGUAAAAGAUUAUAAAAUAAUAUUGAAUAGUAGGUGUUAUUAGAUUUAAUGAUCUGCAGGGUGAUUAGUAGCUGCUAUAUAUUCCUUUACAUUGGUUCUUCAUGGAAGAAAAUAAAAUCUAUCAGACCAAAAGUUUCCACUAAUUUAAAGAAAAAUCUCUAAGUCCUCGAACCUGCUAUGCUUUAAGUUAUAAGGAUGCAGAAUUAGUUUCAAAACCCUCUUUUGAAAGUAACCUGUCAUUACAGUGCUCCUAAAUUAUACAUGAAAUAUUGAAUUUUCACUGGAACAGUCAUUUUCCAGGUAAUUCAAGAUAUUUAAAAAUCUCUUACGAAAAAUUUGGAAACACCUGCUCCCAAUCUUUGAACAAAGACCAUUAAUUCUCUGGCUUGAAGGAAACAAAUAUGACCCUAAAUCUUGACUUAAUCAAUUAAAUAAAGAAUCAAUUGUUUCUCCUUCAUAGAAGAGAAAAUAGACUGGAAACACUAAAGAAAAUUAUUUGUAUCACAGUCAGCUCCUACCUGGGGACUGCCCAGCUAAAGCAAUAUGCAUUUAAGUAUAAUUGUCUGUUUGAAAAGGAAAAAAAUCUCUCCUAUCCUAAUCCCCUUUGGCUUUCAAACUACAAGCGUCAGUGAGCCACCAAGGAGGCAUCACCCAGCUCCGGCUCCUGGCCCUGGUGCUGUGGCCCCUGACAUUCCUCUAUGCUCCCUGUGACCUCCAGGGAGGUCCUCCCCCACCAGCCUUUGCAUCAGGACCUGGGAAGAGGGUGCUGGGGGCUCUUGGAUGGGCUGUGUGUGGGAAUCUGCAUCUGUGCUCUGUGUAUGUGCUAUUGUUUGUCCCACUCUGGCCAGACACUGAGACACCAGCUAGGAGGCUCAGGAGAGGCAGGCUGCUCAUCCACCUGUGCACUGGAGAUUGCUGCCUGAGAACAAAGUUCAACUUUGAGCAGAGGGUCUGAACAGCAAAAAGUUGCUGCCUCCCCAGGGUGGAGUCCAGAGACUUUCUGAGCCUUUCUGUGGGAUCCCAUCUGGCCCUCCAUGAUGGGGUUCUCUGGCUGGAGUUAUCACUGUGGGCUCCCUAACUGGGAGCUGAGCACUUCUCCAGGGAGGUGCACCUUUUCCCAGCUGGCUGAGAACGUGGGGGCCCUGUUAGCCUCACACAACUUCCCUGGCCCAUUCUGAGGGAGCCCAUCCCUGGGAAAUGCUCCCUACAAACUCGCAUAUCCCCUCAUCAGACCUCCAACAUUGCCAAGUUGACAAAACCAUGUAGAAAACUUAUUUUACAACCUUGCUGGACUCUCAGUCUCUGAGCAGUGAUGGGUUCAGUGUUAAAUGUGAUAAAUACUGUAUUUUGUAUUGUCUGAAUUGCAUUUCCCAGAUAAUGUGAAAACGGUCCAGGAGAAGGCAGCUUCCUUAAUGCAGUGUGCUUUUUUUUUUAAUAAGACAACUCUUUGAGAAACAAUUUAUACUUUGAAAUCAUAUCAAUGAAAAAUGUAUAUGCACUUAUAAUUUUCCUAAUAAAGAUCUGUAUUCAAAUGCA